AAAAUGCUGAAGAUUGCCUUCAUGGGACUCGUGCGAAGUCCAUUACGCCGUCGAAUGGGUGCAGCCGGGCUAAGCAGCGAAGUCAUCAAGACCCUGGAGAAGGGUCGCACGCGAGAGCCACAGGCAGACUCGGAAGCGGAUGGGGAGCCCAGAGUGAAUAUGAACGAGCAAUUGUUGAUCAACCAUGCCGCAUUCCAGAUGGACCGGAAACCCCUAGAGGUCCCCACCAUCGUGGGCGACGAGCAGAUGUACACUAUGGACAACCAGAGGCUGUCCUGUCCCCACGACCUGAAGCAGACGGUGGCCCAGAUUUAUUAUGCAAACCGGUGCCAAAUCGAGAGUGCGAUCAAGACGGCAUUGAAGGCGCAGGCAACCUGGAGUCUGGUAACCGUGGCGGACCGUCUGACCAUCUGGAGGCAUGCUGCAGACAUAAUCGAGGCGGAUGAGUUCCGUAUGCGGAUGUAUUUGAUGCUGGCCCAGGGAAAGACAAGCGUCGACGCCGAAAAGGAUAUCCGGCGCCUGGUCACCUCGAUUAGAGCCAAUUCCGACUACUUGAAGCACUUGUCGCAACUCCGCUUCGAGAUCCAGGGCGAAGGGCGUGUCUUUCCCAGCUUAAAUCUGCGGCCCAUGGAUGGCUUUGUGGCUGCCAUUGCGCCCUUCGAAUCGGUGGCCCUGUCCGCCAAUCUGGCUUUGUGUCCCAUGCUCAUGGGCAACGCAGUUCUGUGGAAUCCCGUCCUGGAAGUGGCCCCCAUAAGCUAUCUCGUCUACCUGGCCUUCAAGGAGGCUGGUCUGCCCAAGGGCGUGCUAAACUUCGUGCCCUCCAAUAAGAAACUCUUCCUAGACACCAUCACCGAUGCCGUGCACUUUGCCGGAGUCAAUUGUCACGGCAGCGUCCAAGACUAUCGCUACAUUCACAAGCUGGUAAGCGAUAAGAUGCCGCGUUACAUCUGUUUCCCUCGCCUGGUGGCCGAAAGUGCCGGCCAGAACUUUCACUUUGUCCAUAGCAGUGCCAAGAUGGAGGCUGUCUGUUCGGCCACCGUGGAAGCGGCCUUCAAUUAUGCCGGACAGUACGCCAAUUCGUUGUCCCGCAUGUACGUGCCAUCCUCCAUGUGGACCGAGCUGCGGGAACAGCUAAUCGAAGCAGUGAAACGAUUUAGGGUCGGCGAUCCCACCCAGAAAGACACCAGAAUGGGGCCCGUCAUUAAUCGGGCAGCCUACGAGCGAAUGCGCAAACUAAUGGAGUCCAACAAGGAUGCUCAGUUUUUGUGCGGGGGCACCUGUAACGAUAAAAUUGGCUACUUUGUCGAGCCGACGAUUGUGCGGACCAUGAAUCCGCUGGAUCCACUGCUGAGCGAACCCCUGGCUGGGCCGUUGCUGCCAAUAUUUGUCUACGCCGAUGACUCGUUUGCGGAGGCACUCAACCUGGCCGCACACCAGUCCAAGCACGCGCUGUCCGGCUCCGUUUUUGCCACUCGGGAUGAGGUGAUCUCGCAUUGCUUGAACCAACUACGCAUGGCUGCCAGCAAUUUGUAUGUUAAUGAGCGUUGCACCGGCAGCUCGGGUGGACUAACGCCUUUUGGCGGCAAUCGUCUGUCGGGAACAAAUGAUAAGUCCGGCUCUGCCUACUUCCUAAUGCGCUGGAGCUCCCCUCUGCUGGUAGAGGAGACGGUUGACUCUCCCGUGGCGGCACCCACAGGAUGGAAGGUUGCAUGAUAGCCAAUUGUUUCUUUUCAAUUAAAACAGCCCUAUUUAACGCUUUAUUUGAAUUGUCAUUUUGGUAUUUUAAAAACUUUAUGGUAUUUCUUGAUGCCAAAA